CCCGCAGAGACCGCAGACAUGACUCCAGGAGGUUUCCUCGCGGUGCUGCUACUGCUGCUCGUCGGCUCGGCGCUAGCCGCCCCUCAGGCCGUGAAGCUGGGAGGCGGCGAGGUGGGGGCCUCGUUCGGCCCCUGGAGCGCCAGCGCCGGGCUGGGGGGCCUGCUGGGUGGCCAGGGGGCGGCGGCGGGCGGUCUGCACGCGGAGGCGGGCUCCAGCGGCGGCCCGGCGGCGGCUGCCGGCCUGGGUGGGCUGCUGGGAGGCGGCGCCGGCGGCGGCGGGGGCGGACUCUACAGCGGCGCCACCACGGGCGGCGGUGCGUCGGCGGCGGCCGGCCUGGGCGGGCUGCUGAGAGGCGGCGGGGGCGGCGGGGGCGGCGGUGGCGGGCUCUACAGCGGCGCCACCACGGGCGGUGGCGGGUCGGCGGCUGCAGGCCUGGGCGGCCUGCUUAAAGGCGGCGGCGGCGGGGGCGGCGGCGGGGGCGGCGGCGGCGGGCUCUACAGCGGCGCCAGCUCGUACGCCGGCGGCUACUCGGGAGGCAACUCCCUGGGCGCCUCCAAAGGCGGCUUCUACGACCGCAUCUUCGACACCCGCGGCCUCGUGUCAUGUGUGGUGGGCGGCCUUCCGUCUCUUCCCGUGACAAUUAGCGUCACGACUUGCCCCAUUAACUUGACUUCAUCGCUUCGCGUCAUCCCGAUAUCCACGCUGAAUGCCGUCAGCAGGCUUCUGUCUCAAGGCGGCGCAGGGGUGUCCAAGACGCGCUCCUCGGCCAGCUCGCGCACCAAGCUGCACUCUCACGGCGGCCACCUGCACUCCGUCACCAAGACAAAGACCAAGCUGAAGACCCGGCAGUACGGCGUCCCGCCGCCGGGAGCGGCCCAGGCGCAGGCCGGCGCCUUCGCCUCGGCGUCCUCUUCGGCGUCUUCAUCGUCGGCGGCGUCGGGAGUGGCGGGAGUGGCGGGAGUGGCGGGAGGGGCGGGCGUCUCUGCCGGCGGCGUCCACGGACCCGGCUACUACGACCGCGUCUUCGAUAUCCCCAUCUCGGUGCUGGAGUCCGUGAACCGCCUGCUGAACCAGAAGCAAGGGCGGUAG